AUGAGGGAAGUCAACUUUAGUAUCCCCAACGUCAACAAGGCGUCCGUUGGUAUUACUACCGCCUUGUAUGACCGCCGUGCUCUCGAUUGCACUUCGACCCUCCCCCUCAUCAACUCGCUCAACCAUCUCGCCUAUCUCACCACAUCCUCUGCUCGCAUCCGCGACAUCCUCACCGUCGAUGGAGGUAUCGAGCGUCUCGUCUGCAUUCUCAAGCAAGGCCGUAGUAAGGACAUGAUGGGAAUGUGGAAAUGGAAUCUUGCUUUCCAGUGCGUUGUCAAUAUUGGUGUUCGAGGCACGGAGAACGUCCGCACCCGUGUCGUUGAAGCCGACAUGGUCCCUGUCAUCGCUACCAUCCUCGAUAACUACACCAAGGCUGUCGACAAAUGCCGCGAGAAGGCCGAAGAAGCGAAACAGAAGCAGAACUACGAUCACCAUCGUCACCGAGGCCACGAGCACCGCUCGACCCCUAAGGCUUCCUCGUCCAAUUCAGCAUCAGCCUCCGCUUCAGCAUCAUCUUCAUCAUCAGCAACAGCAGGCGCUUCGCCCUUCGGCCCCCGUUCUGGUUCUCGUGUCGAAUCCACCGAACAGCGAUCUCGUCGUCACGGUCCGCCGCCUUCCAUCGAUGUUUCAGCCUCUUACGCAGGACCAUCCACUGCCGCUCCCCAAACUCACCCUCAGCAGCAGCAAUCUUUAGAUACUGCUAUGAGUGGUUCUCAGUGGCCUCAAUCUGCUUCAGAACGUUCUACAUCUUGGGGUUCAGCUCGCCAUCAGCCCCUGAGAGGCCUUGAAGGCCGUCACGCCACGACUUCGGCCCCUCGUCAGACCAUGCAGCCCCUUGCAACCGCAGUCCCAGUCACAGAAACUGUCGAGGGUUUCGUGAGACCCGUUCGUGAUAUCGACCGUCUUGCUUCCAUGGCCCCAUUUGGCUCUACAGACCACGCUUCCCAGCCGACAUCGCCAACAACACCUUUGCCACCUCCUCAGAUGCGCUCGCCCACCGUUCGCCCAGCAUCCGCCCUUGGCCCAUCAGGUCGAUCUCGCCGACGCCCAUCGAUCCGCCACCAGAACUCGACUGCCGAUGCUGAUGACAUUAACGGUGAUAGCAUGCCUUCAGAUGAGUCCCCUGAGACAGAGAUGACAGGUACCGAUAACCUGCAAUCAGCCGUUGGUAUUCAGGAUAUCACCAUGGAGGAUGGUGAUACCAUGCUUGGUGGCACAGCCCUUGACUUGGCUACGCCAACAGUCUCCGAGACCCAUCAGGAAGCCAGCACCUUCAACAUCAACCACCGUAGUCCCAUGGAUGGAAGCAUUGUUAACAACAAUGCUCCGACACCAGUGCCUGCGAUUGGACUCUCACCUAACCGCCCUGCCAUGACCACACCCCCACAGCCUCCCCUGGCUGCGACCACCGUCCCUCGAUAUCUCCUCGACCGCAACUUCGUUCCCAACCCCCAGAUGGUUGCCGCUAUGCCUCGGGAGGAAGAUGUGCUUAUGUCUCUGCAGCUUCUUGCAUACGUCUCCAAGUACUGUGGUCUUCGCUCCUAUUUCCAAAAGAGCCACCUUGUCCCGCGUCUCAAGAUCGGCAAGGAGCUUGCUGCUAUUGACAAGGACAUCACCGCCAUGGACGAGGACGAGGACGUUCCUGAGGUCUACGAUGAAGAUGCUGAUGACGAAGAGUAUCUGCUUUCCAAUGACUUCAACCUCUUCCCUCUCGUUGAGAAGUUCACAGUGCGCUACCACAGUACUGACAUGCAGUACUGGGCUGGUGUUGUCAUGAGAAACCUCUGCCGCAAAGAUGAUACUCGUGGCGGCAUCCGCCAGUGCGCUUACUAUCAGUGCGGUAAAUGGGAGGAGUACACCCGUCAGUUUGCAAAAUGCCGCCGCUGCCGACGCACCAAAUACUGCAGUAAGGAGUGUCAGAAGAGUGCAUGGGCAUUCCACCGCCACUGGUGCGUAGCGGCCACCCAGUAA